AGAAAAAGCACCUGUUUGGACGUGCAGUGUGCGGACAGAGGGGCCUGUGUUGGGUUCAUGUUCUCAGAAGCAGCAAGGUGGGCCUGCUCAGACUGAGAGCUGCUGCCUACACGUCAUCGCCUGAUGCUAAAAACACGCUCCCACCUCAUCUGGGUCCUCCAGCGCUUUCUACCUUCUUGCCGCUCCAGCAGCCCUCGUUGUCUGCCUGAACUCUCACCCUUUGCUGGUGGGGAAAUGUCACAGAGAGGCCCGCGCCGCAGCAAGGGGGCGUCGAGGCGAAAAACAAGCGCCGUUAUUGUUUUAUUCCCACCCGGUUCGAGCAGAGGAAACCUCCCCCCAAAAGCCCUGUCCUAAACCAGGGUCCACCACCACCGCCGCCACCGCGAGCUCCGAGAGCCGCCGGCCGCCCUCCCUCCCCCUGCACCGGGCGCCGCGCUCCCCUCCGUCUCCGUCUCGGAUUCGCAGCCGCUGCCAACCAUGAGGCAUGAAACAUUUGCACGCUGGGACCUGCUGCUCUUACCAGCGCACCCCACCUCCACCAUGACACCCAGCAGAGGAUUCUGGGAUUGACGUUAGCAUCACUCCCACUGAUGGCCUGGACCAGGUUUCAGCUAACCUGCUGAAGCUAUGGGGAGCUGUUGGAGCUGUCUAUACAGAGACGCCAUCCAAGACAACCACCCCACCAAAUUCAAGGUGACAAAUGUUGAUGAUGAAGGGAAUGAGCUGGGAUCGGGGACGAUGGAGCUCACCCAAACAGAGCUCAUUCUGCACACACGCAAGCGGGACGCCAUCCGGUGGCCAUACCUCUGUCUGCGGCGCUACGGAUACGAUUCCAACCUCUUCUCCUUUGAGAGCGGCCGGCGCUGCCAGACAGGGCAGGGGAUUUUUGCAUUUAAAUGCUCUCGUGCAGAGGAGAUAUUUAACCUGCUGCAGGAGCUGAUGCAGUGCAACAGCAUUAAUGUGGUGGAGGAGCCUAUGAUCAUGACCCGCCCUGGCCACGCGCCAGAGAUGGACCUGCCUCGAACCCCACAAACACCCAACACUCCUGGGUUCCCAGUGCAGGCUUUCCCUAAUGGAUACCCUGGGUACCCUGUCAGUGCAGACUCAUCACAGCCCACUCUCUCUGAUGACCACAGGCACAGCCUCAUGGGGAUGGAUGACCAGACACAUACUUAUGUGAACACAGUGAGUAUGGAGAGUGAUCUGUCCAGCCGCCACUGUGUCCACUCCCUGCCAGAGGUGCGGCCCACCUCCUUUCCCGAGGCCUCCUCGUCCUCCACCGGCCGUGGGGGUCCAAUACCUGGUCAGGCCGGCCUGCACUGCUGCCCCAUGGACGACUCUCACAAGGACCCUCAGGUGUUCCUGCAGCCUGGAGCUCAGGAGGUAAAGUUCAUGCUGGGUCCCACGCCUGCUCAGCGCCACCUGCUGGAGAGAGAUCGGCACUCUGCUCACCCGCUCCGAGCGCCGGAUGGCAGCUCCGAGACUGAGGGGGAGGAGGCUCCACCCAUGCACAUGUGCAACACACACUCCUACCACCAUUACCACCAUCAUCUACACCGGCACCCCAGUAUGGAGCCCAGUCAGCUAACAUACGAGAACAUUAAUGGACUGCGAGGGGGACGCAGGCAGAGGCUCAGCCCCAGCAGCGUGUCCCAGUCCCAGUCAGUCGGCUCCAGCAGCAGCAGCAGCACCACCGGCGAAACGCACCCACACACACACCCACACUCGCUCCCACUCACACACACACACACCUCCGUGCUGCCCCCUCAGGGCUACGGCUGCGAGAGAGGCACGGGGCUCGGAGGUCACCGCCGCACCGCGCUGCUCAACUAUGAGAACCUUCCAUCACUUCCGCCUGUGUGGGAGUACCGUGCCCUUCAGCGUGAGGAAGAGGAGGAGCAAGACGAAGAUGAGGAAGACGAUGAGUAUGAGGAGGAAGAGGAGGAGGACUUUGAUGAAUAUGAAUACUCAGAAGGGCCUGGGACCCCAAAUGGAUAUCAUCAGGAAGCUGGCGGCAGUGGUGGGAUUCAUCGCGAUGCUCUGCAGAACUAUGUUAAUACAGAACAGAUACAGCCUCCACGUCUCCGUCAUGCGUGCCCUCCCCAUCCUCACCCCCCUGAUAGGGGUGGCCGUGUGUUCAGUUUUGAUUUCCGCCGGCAGCGGGCGGGGCGGGGCACAAUUGGGGGCUCCACCUGUGAGCAGCAUGGCCGCCACCCUCCCCCUCCCCCCUCUCGCCAGCUCAACUACAUCCAGGUGGAUCUGGAGGCAGGAGGCUCCAGUUGUCCAGGACACGGAGGGGGCGGAGCUCAGGUGCCACAGAGACCGCCUCCCCUCAAGCGCGGAAUGGCUGCUGCGGCGGCUCCACCCUCACGUCGCGGGGAGUGCUACGCCGUGAUCGACCUGCAGAAGACUGCAGCCAUGUCCAACCUUCAGAAAGCUCUGCCCCGUGACGAUGGCACCUCGCGGAAAACACGCCACAACAGCACCGACCUGCCUCUGUGAAAGAAAGUAAGAAGGAUAAAGAGUGAAAAAGGAAGCAGGAUAUGGGUGAGAGCAGAUAAAGGUGUAAGGACGGCGCUCUGGGGGUGUUACUGUUAUCCUCUUGUUUGUGUUGGAGUGUCUGUCGCCACACCCGUGUUUUGGCACAUGUACAUUCAUACCAACUACUUAUUGUCGAUACGGUCAGAUGAAAGUGUGUAUAUUGAGCUAAAGGUUUUACAGGUAAAUGCAAUUUUUAAAGGUUGAUCUACAGUGGACUUUGGUACCGCUGGUUUAUUAGGUCCAUAGUUUGUUUUGAUACUGGUGAUCUGGGCAUAGAGAAUUCUGCACCAUAGUUUUCAAUCGCAAGCCCGGUUCUGGACUGAGCAGAAUCAAGAAAAUUAACAUCAUGAAAGCACACGAAUAUAUAUAUAAUGCUGCCCUAUUUGAGGGCACUUGUGGAAUGGGUAUUAGAAAGUACAAGUAAAAGUUCUCCAAGGAAAAAAGAAGAGGAAAAAAGUAUAUUUUCUUAUACUCAAGUGGAAAUGUUGUGUUAUGACAGUUAUUUCAGUUACUGACAGAUCUGGAAUCUGUAUACACCUUAAUUCAUAUGGCAGAUAGUAAAACUAACUAUGGAUCUAAUUAUAAGAUCAUGUAGGCUGCAGGACAUAUUACAACCUGUGAGUUGCUCACUGAAAUGUGGCAAAUCUCUGCCUGUAAGCUCCCAGUAUGUAAGUGAAUCUCAGGAGUUCGUUGAAAUCUGUGUAGUGCCACCCUCUGAGAGAACACUGAUUGAUGAACAAGAACUGUUUCAGUAGCAAAGUUGAAUUUGCUAAUUAAAUGCACUCACAUUUUUUUUAUUAUUCAGUUAAGAAUAAUAUUAAUCACUUUUAUCAUUUUGAUUUUGUUGUUUGUGCCCUGAUUUAAAAAGAAAUUACAGGUCCUACAUGCAGCCACUGUAUGUAGAGAAAGAAGAGACUGUUCAGUACUUGAAUGUCAGUUUGAUACCCGCAGAAUAUCCUAUCCUCAGGAAUUCUCAUAUUAUCCAUUUCAAUUAGUAAUGCUUCUAAACCAAGGCAUCGAACUGUAAUGUAAAAGGUUUACCAAACACAUUUGGGUGUUUAAAGAUAAAAACCUUUAAAAAUUGCAUCCAGAUUUGGUCACAAACUGCUCUGUAACUGAUUAGCUGUAUUUUUUCAGCUAAUGAGUCUCUGCUCAGAGUUCUGUGUGUCGAAGCUCGUUUGUACACAGUAAUGCUGGUGAUCUGUGUGAAGGUCAUGUUGCAUAUCGAAGCUCUUUAUAUUGUGUUUUCACCUUGAGAGGAAACACCCCUAUAAAUUUGAUGAUGAAAGUGUAGACUUUCAUUAAGCGAGUUCUUUGUGUGUUGGAGUGCAGAUUGGGUGAGGAAAGUUUGAAAAACUCUGAAAGAUAACAGUCUGACUGCUGUUCCCACACCCUUGAAGUAUUCACUUACCUGUGACGUUUUAAGUAUUAAUGAAGUGCAAAGAAGUCCACAAGUGUGUAUUUAUGUAUAUCUAUGUUUUUGGAAAAACUGUGCAAAGCAUCAUAGACAUGCAUAUGCAGAGGGAAGGACAUUCAUUAUUUUUUAUAUCUGAAGAAGAAAAAUGUCAUUCCACAAGCCUUAAGUGGCAGAUCAUAUUUAUUUGUUUAAUUUAUGAUUAUUUAUAUAUUUAUUGAUUUGUUUAUUUUUGGUAUUUCACUUUUAAUAAGCAAGAGUAGAUGACAUAUUUAUUAAUUAGAUGAUGAAUUGUCUUACAAUAGAUACUAAAGGCGAUGAGGGAGACCACAGAGUCCAGCUUGCCAUUCUUACAGCGUUUUUAGAAAAGCAAAAAUUACUAUAUUUAAUUAUGCUAAAAUAUUAUAGUGACAUAUUGUGCCAAACAGCUGAAUAUAUAACUGAAUCAUGUGCCAUUGGUGAAUGUGGAAUUUGAGGGCUAACUAUCAACUGAAAAUAAAAUGCAGCUGUACUCUACGGCUACACAAGGAUGAUAAGCUAUCCUGGGCUAAAACCUUGAUGAUUUAGACAUGUUUACCAAAUCCCUAUAAAAUCUCAUUUAUACAUCCCUGUGAAGGAUAUAUCAGGAUUUUGUGUUUUACUUCAUAUCCGUUGUUUAGUUCUGAAUGUUUCAGUGUCAGUCACAGAACUCCAGUCAGGGUUCAUAUUUGUCUGUUCCACCUAUAGUAGCAGGUAGCCUACUGUGUGUGUUGCCUUGCAGAUAUAUUUGCACUAUACUGUGAAAAAGACCAAUGUGGAUAAUAACUAGAAUUCUGUAAUUGAUAAAGCUCCUGGGAUGUUAAUGGAUAAUGAAUUAGUGGUUUUCUGUAUAAAGAUUAAACCUAGUCCAAGAGAAUGGAAAAUCCUAGUUGGGGGCAUAAUUUUAGUUCAAGACUAGGGUUAAUCCGUGAUGGAAACCAGACCCUUAAAAUGUUUGUUUGUCUGAAAUAACUCACUGGUGUCCACUGUAUAUAGCCUACUGAGGGGUUUCCACCCAUUUUUCAAAAUUUCAUCACUAUGUAAAUACACUACGGUUCUUAUGUAAACAAUCAGUGGGUAGGUGUUCUGUACCUCAUAGAAUCCAAUCAUAACCUUUUACUAAAAAUAUUUAUGAUCAGAUAUGCAUUUCUGGUAAUGCAUUUGCCACUCACUUAUAAAAGUGCUAAAGCAGAAAUGUGUAUAUGAAAAUUUGGAAAAUAGGUGGAAAACAGUAUUGUAGUUCCUUUUUGUUCAGCUGGGCGGAGAUGGAGACCUGGCUUUUCACAUUGGAACUGGCAGCUAUACUGUACUGGGUGCAAGCUCUUUAACAAAUAUACAGCCACAUUUUAGAAUUUAUAUUGUAAAACUAACUCAAUAGACCUACCAUGAGGAAUAUGGUUUGCUUAUUUAGCCUCUUUAGCCCUUUGUUGGACAUUUGAAGUUUAUAUUUUCAUAAUCUGUCACGUAAUCAAUGCCAAAUUUAAAAAAAAAACUUAAGUAUGCAAAAAAAUAUUAUUUAUAUAUUAGAAAAGAUGUAAUAAAUAUCCCUGCAGUUUAGUUAAACAUAACUUUCUAUAUGAUAGGGUGUUUCAUCUCACUACAGUAUAGCUGUUAGAGGGUUAAGCCAAACAAAAUCAACAUGUAACACUCACACAAGUACAUUACAGUACAUGUAAUGUACUCUAAGAAUGCGAUGAUAAUAUUUGGACACUUUUCAACUUUUGAGAGAAUCAAUCUAGUUUUAACAUCUAUAUUUUUGGUAUUGUGGUGUGAAGAACAUUUUUGCAAUAACAGAUAUUGGAGUCAUAUACAAGUUUGUCUAAGUUGUGAAAGAUGAUGAUCUGUGGCAAGAUCCACAGAUUUCACCACCUUUCAAAGAGGUCUUGAUCAGCACUAAGUUUGCUGUCUUUCUCAGGCCUUGUCUUGAUAUAUGUGUGUUGUGGGUACCUAAACCAGGCUCGGGGUGGGGAAAGGGAGGUUGUACUUGUUUUAACUGUGAGAUAAGUGGGAUCAUAGAUAACCUGAUUGUGCCAUAGGUGAUUUUUUUUGCCAAACAAUCUUUGAAAAGAAAUAUAUUGUUGUUAACAUAUGGGGAAAUUAAGAUACAGUAGCACAUAUCUUAGAAUUCUGUGUUUACGUUGAUUGUGUAAGGCCUCUUUGGAUUGUGAAUCUUUGUUUUUAUUUGUCUUUUUUGCAGAGUUUUCCAUGGUUAUCAUGAAUUUUAUUCCAUUAUCAGGGUAAAUCCGAAGUAGCUUUUCGCUGUGAAUCUCAUCCGUUCUGGGUAGCACUUUAGACCCAGACUAGUUGCACUGAACAUGUAAUUAGGACAGCAAUGAUCCUUAAUCAUUGUAAAUCCCACUGUAAAAGUACGAGUCUUCAAAAUUUACAAAGAAGUGUUCAACGUUCACAUAGCAUUUACAGUUACAAGUAUUUAGUGACUUAAUUGCAGUCUUUGUUUAGACUUUUCUUGUUGACUUGUUUGAUGUUUUCAUCAAAACAACUAUGUACCUCUCCCUUGAUGCAAUGUCAUACUUGGGAUUUGCAUUCAUCAAGUGAUAGUUCUAUUUUCAUCCAAGCCUGAGAUGAAUUUUCAGCUGAAGAGGGUCCAGAAGGAAACCUAACUGAAAACUGAGUGACUUAUGUGGCAGUUGGGCUUCUUAUAUAUUGUCUUAAUAAGGCUUAGGCAGAGCUCAAUGACUGUGACGUACUGUACAUUAAUGUGAAUGUGUGCCAAAUGUGUCCGAGUAAGAGAGAGAGCGAGAGCGGCGAUCAUGCAUGGACUCUGUGCUAGAGCCUCCUGACGCUCUGUGAACAGUCUCACUCUCUGUAUGAAUGUAACACACAGAGACGGACUCGUAAAACGCCCAGUUCAGGCGAUUUACACUUGAUGUUUCUAUCCUCCCUGAUGAAAAAAAGUGUUACUGUUUUGUCUUGAAAUUUCAAAAAAAUUUUCCAGUUGCUUUCUUUGUAUACAGUAUUUACAUUUUCUUGUAAGUAUGUAUUUCUGUGUGUGUACAUAACAUAUAUAUGGAUAUGCGGUGGCAGUCAGCUUUUCCUGUGUUCGUUUACGCAACACACUACUUUUGCCACAGCUGUCAAAUCGUAGGAAGAUCAGUGCAUCGAAAAUUCAUUUCAUUAGAUGGACAAUGCAUCAUCGUCUCUUUACAGAGAGACGUCCACUUCAGUAGUCUGUUGUAGUUACAGUCCUGACCCUUCCCUCCUCCUUACAAUGCAAAACAGGCAUGCCCCAUAUUGAAUGUUAUUUUCAGUCAUAUAAACCUUUUGAAGAGGAAGGCUUGUACAAUAACAAUGAAUGUGAUUAAAUGUAAUGUCAAUAUUAAAACUGGAACUGUAAAUAAA